AUGGGCGAGGAUGAUCUUAAUUUCAAUGAUCUACCGUUCGAGCUGAUGUGCGAAAUCUUGGACUACUUGCCACUGCCCGAUAUAAAGAAUGCCUCAAUCGUGUGUCGACGCUGGAAUGCAAUCAUCUUCUCCGAGGUGUACAUCCAUCGGUUCCGGUUGCAGCUAAACCUCGACUACUCGCUGCCAGUGUUGAAACAGAUGGCCCAGUUGCUAGAGGCGAGCGAUCGCGAGUACUACAGCGUAGUGCUGCGCGCUAACCUUGGCAGUCCACUCACCGACGCACGACUACGCAUCGUGAAGCUGAUGAUACGCCUCCUGGCACAUCGCUCCGAGUCGCUGUACUUUAACAUGGCGGACUUUAGGAUUGAAUCGUGCGUUUCCGAACGUUUGUUGCGUGGCCGCAAGCUACAGGUCAUCGACACCCGUGCCAAGUACAUACCGCUCGGGAUGGGACUGAAGGAGUCGAUGUUGGCCGCCAUCUGUGAGUAUGCGGUCGAUCUAGUUGACCUAGUAAUUGCCGAGAUGAACAUCAACAACCCGAAAGCCCUUGUGCCACUGUCCACACUGAAGCACCUGAAGCUGCUACUGAUCAGUGAUUACUAUCCGUACGUAAAGCCACCGGAACCACCGAUCGAUCUGCCGAAUCUCGAGAACCUGUCGUUGAUUAAAGUGACGGACGAAUCGUGCCACUACUUUCGGGUGGAUAAUUUGAAGCGUUUCUUCAUCCAUUCGACCGGGACGGAUGCACCACGUACGAUGGAUUUUAUCACGCAAAACAUUACGCGAGUGAAUAGGUUGUGUCUGCACUUUACCGCACGAUCGAUCCAGGCCGAGGUGAUCUUUGGGUGGCUUGAUCGAUUCCCGAACCUGCUUGCGCUGGAACUCGCUGGCGUGGCACUUCCCGUGGACGUGCUAAAACACCUCAAUCCGAUCAAUCGUUUGCAGAAGCUUAUAUUCGUGUCCUGUCAUCUCGAAUCGGUACUGCUGGAGGGACUUGAAGAGAAGCUAACCCAUCUCCGACUGCUCUGCUUUGACGGGUGCUCACUGUUCCACAAGCAGUCCGGGUUCCAUCCCGUACACUACGAUGAUAUUGAGGAACUUCGACAGAUACUUCCGUACUGCAGGUUAAUGUUGGAUUACGAUUGA